AGAAAUUGUUCCAAACCAGGAAAAAAAAAAAAAAAAUCUGAGAAGCUAUAUAAUUGAGGGGAAAAGAGACAGGCAGACGCCUUUGAUCUCAUCUUGAUUUCCCCCAAUUUCAGUUCCAUUUUCACUCUCUGCCAUGGCUUCUUCUAGAUUCCUCUUUCUCCUCCUACUGAACUACGUGUUCGUGUUUGGUUCUGUAUCUUAUCCUUCAUCAUCUGCUAGAGUUCCUAGUUCUUCUGCCUCGAAGGUCUCGCUGGCUCUGUACUAUGAGACCCUCUGCCCUUACUCCGCCAAUUUCAUUGUUAAAUAUCUGCCGAAGGUCUACGAUGAGGGACUCAUUUCAAUCGUCGAUCUUGAACUUUUUCCCUACGGAAACGCCAAGUUACAAGACAAGGACAACAUCGUCUGCCAGCAUGGCCCAUUCGAGUGCUUGCUGAAUACUGUUGAAGCCUGUGCUAUCGAUGUCUGGCCUGAUCUGAAUACGCAUUUUGCUUUCAUUUACUGUGUCGAGAACCUGGUCGCGAAGCACAAGUAUCCUGAGUGGGAAUCCUGUUUUGAAAAAUUGAAGCUGGAUCCAAAUCCCGUUUCAGAAUGCUACAAUAAUGGGCGUGGGAAGGAGCUUGAACUUUAUUAUGCAAACAUCACUGGUUCUCUUCAACCUCCUCAUACAUACGUGCCUUGGGUUGUUGUUGAUAACCAGCCACUCUAUGAGGACUUUGAAAACUUCAUAACCUAUGUGUGCAAGGCUUACAAAGGAAAUCCUGAACCCGAUGCUUGCAAGUCACUAGUCCAUCAGGUUAUCUCAGAGGAGAAAGCAAACCCAACCGGUGAAGUUUGCUAUGCAGAGGAGACGACCAAAACUUUAGCUUCAUACUAAAAAAGAAGAAGAGAGAAGUGUAGUGCAGGAACUUUCUUGUUAGUGACUGAUUAUGGAAUGUUCCAUGUGGAAGCCGUUGUUAAUUUGAUCUUAUCUUAUAUGCUUGAUUUUCAUGGUCUAUUGGAAAUAUAAUUAUUAUGUAUAGUUAGGGGGAAAAAAAACAUCAUUGCUUAAGUGUUAAGAGCUAGCUCUCUCAUACCCUUUAGGCAAAGAUGCAAAGCUUGUGAUAUCUUUAGUGACAGCACUAACAGUGUGGCAGAACUCUCGUGCCUUUUUUUUUUCUAAUGAAAUUUUUACAUGUCUUGCCACGUGGGCAAUUGAUGUGAUUA